AUGCUCAAAUCCCUGUUCAGUGACUCCUUGUGGUCUGAAGGGUAUCACCUUGCUGAAGGGCAGCUCAUCCCCUGCGCCUUUUUGCCGCCGCCGCCGUCGAGGUGGGGAGCCGAGACGCGCCAGGCCUCCGCGGCAACCCCGCUCGCCGUGCCCUCGCCUCCAAUGCUGCUCGCGGAUGCCAGGGACUCUGCUCCCGCCGGGGAUGUCUUCUGCAACGCGCCCGCGAGACGCGCGCCCAGCCCUCGAGCCGCGACGAGGAGGCCUUGGGAAGACGCGCAGUUCCUCCUUAAAGAGGCCUCGGCGGCUCCGCGAGCCCAACGUCUCCGUCGUUCGUCGACGAGCCCGGCCCUCGCAGCGAGUCGCCCGCGGCGGGCGAUGGGCCAGGCCGCGGGGAACUCGCGCGCCUUUCUGCGAGCCGCCGCCUUCGUGGUGCUCCUAGACCACGUCCGGCUCCAGAUCCCGACGCCAGACAACAGAGAGCUCUGCCUAGAGUCACCGGUGCCCGGAGUCUGCCCAGGUUCAUUUGACAGGUGGUACUACAACCGAGCUGCCCAAGACUGCCAGAGGUUUACUUAUGGGGGCUGCUUGGGGAACGAAAACAACUUUUUGAGCUUUGAUGCUUGUAUAGAAACUUGCGGGAAAAUCAAGAAAGUGCCUGUAAUGUGCCGAGUGAAACCUCCGCAAGGGACCUGGAGCCCCCUGAAGCCGAAAUAUUUCUUCAACCUCGAGACAACGAAAUGCGAGGAAUUUUUCCCUAAAAGACAUUCACAACACCCUAACAUAUUUUCCAGUAAAAGAUCCUGCAUUGACACCUGCAAGUUGGGGAAAAGGGGUCCCUCCUUUUGCUCUAGUCCCAAGGAUGUGGGACGUUGUUUUGCUUCAGUACGUCGCUUUUACUACAAUAUAUCGAGCAGAACUUGUGAGGCAUUCAUCUACACAGGAUGCGGUGGGAAUAAUAACAACUUUCGCACACAGAAAGACUGCAUGAACGCCUGCAAGCAUGUAAAAGUGAAUGAAGUGAUUAAGUUACCUCCGAUUGUGAUUCAGUUUCUAUUCUUUUCUUAGUUGGAAGAACGUAAGCAACGGUUGCAAUAUUGGGAAAUACCAUCUCAUAAGGAGGAGAAGUCUACUAAUCAAACAAAUGCCACAUACAUUCUUGCACCUGAAGGUCUCCAGACCAGAAGCAUUAUUUUAACACUGAAAACAUUAAUUUAUGGGUGGAUUUUGUUUUAGUUUAUAUGUAGCAAUUUUAACAGCUCUUCUACACGAUCAGUUCUGGAAAUGUAAUAAGUCAACGUUACUGUUAUCUGAUGAGGGCUGAUCAGCCUUGUGGACUGGCCUCCAUAUUCAAAGCACAGUGA